GUGCCCCAAGAUGCUUGAAGGCUCGAAGACAGGAGAAGUGUCGAAUGCCACGCGAGCUGCACGUGCUCCAUCACAUUUCAGCCACAGACGCGUUUUGCACAACUUGUCGCGCGUCUGGUCACUCACUUCCACUUCUAGGUAGCAGAAAAUAUGUCUCUCAAAUUGGAGACUCCAGGAAGUUUUCCUGCUUUUCCUUUUCUUCCUUAUGAGAUUCAGUUUAAUUUGAUGCAACACCUUUAUACCUCCAUUGAGGAUAGGAAGGUAACCAUUGUGGAAAGUCCUACAGGAACGGGAAAAACUCUAAGUUUACUGUGCGCAUCACUGACAUGGUUGCGCGAUGAGCUGGACCGCGUCAAAAGGGGGAAACUUGCAGCAUCAGAGGGAGACGCACUGGACUGGGUAAUUGCGCAAACAGUAGAACGCAAAAGACGCGAAUUGGAGGCCGAUGAACUUGAAUAUUCGGAACGCCUUCGAAAAGCCAAGCAGAAAGAAGCAAGCUUACGAAAAACCGCUCAAAACAGGGCGAAACGAGCAAGAACAGAGAAGUCGUCCACAUCAGACGUACAUUUAGAUGACAUGGCCUUCCUUCCUGAUGACGAUAACGAAGCUAGGGACGAAGACGACAAUUUAUCGCCAGAAGUACGCGCAAUGAUGAAACAAUUGGAACGGCCAAGCAAAGUAGACGCAGAACCUGAGCCGACUUGCACAAAGAUCUACUAUGCUUCGCGCACACAUUCGCAGCUCUCACAGGUUCUUCAUGAAUUGGAAAAAUUGCAAAUCAAUCUUUCGGGCACAUCCGUUCUGUCACUGCAUCCAGAAGCAUCAAAAUCUCCUCCAGAUUCUGCCAAGAGACCGAUAUCUCUUGUAGACGAAGAUGAUGAAGUUACGACACCGGAAGUCCGGGCAGUCUCAUUGGGAUCUCGAAAACAACUGUGUAUCAAUGAGAACUUGAAAGGCAAAGCUGGUGACCUGGAUGAGGCAUGCAGACAGAGAUUGAGCGAAAAAGGUGACAGACGAUGUCAGUACCUACCACCAAUUGAGGACGAAAUUCGUAUACUAGACUUCAGAGAUCAAGUCCUCGCAACGCCAAAGGAUAUAGAAGAUCUCGUCGUUUCUGGCCAGAACGCACAAACGUGUCCGUAUUUCGGUUCACGACGCGCUAUUACUCAAGCUCAGCUAGUUAUGCUCCCCUACAACCUACUACUGCAGAGUGCUGCCAGAGAAUCAUUAGGAAUUGACCUCAAAGACCAAGUAAUCAUUAUUGACGAGGCGCACAACCUUAUCUCGACGCUGUUGUCACUCUCCACCAUCCAGCUUCCUCUGAAGACGCUUACAACAUCGCUGCACCAGCUCUCCAUCUACCUCGCUCGCUUCAAAGACCGUUUGUCGACUCAGAACUCUCUGCACCUAAAGCGCCUUGUAGGACUUCUAGAUGCACUGCUCAAGUAUGCAGAAGAGUGGAAGGGCGAGCGUAACAAAGUAAACCCGAAUCCGGGACCCGCCAAGGCAAAGGAAAAUGUCGAAACCAUGACAUCGGGAGAAUUACUCCGCAAACUUGGCAGGAAGGUUGAAGGUAUCAACUUGCUCGAAGUGGAGGCCUACUUGAAGAAGAGUAGGAUUGCCCGGAAGAUAUCUGGAUAUUGUGCCAAGGAACUCGAGAAGGCUGCUGGAGCAGACCCUCUAAAACGAGCCAAACUAUCGCGACUUUCAAAUACGACGCCACCCCUGCAUGCCGUUGAAAGCUUCAUUGUUGCUUUGACUGCAUCCAGCGACGACGGUCGAGUGACAUUCUCCAUGAUCGAUGACCAAGUGGAGAUCAAAUACCAACACCUGAACCCUGCAACCUACUUUCGAGAGGUGGUCGAGGUCGCUCGCUCAGUCGUCCUCGCUGGCGGUACGAUGUCUCCUAUUUCAGAUGUUACCAAUCAAUUAUUCACUUGGCUAUCUGCGGAGAAGCUAACUACAUUCUCUUGUGGUCACAUUAUCCCGGCGUCCAACCUUCAGACGCUAGUAGUAAAGAAAGGACCUCGGGGCGGAGACCUGCAAUUCAAAUUUGAUCGGCGCAACGACCAAGCUUUGUUAGCAGAACUCGGACAGAUCAUGCUCAACUUCGCAAAUGUGGUUCCGAGUGGCAUGGUCGUAUUCGUCCCUUCAUAUAGCUUCCUCCAUGUGUUGAUCAAUGCUUGGGAAAGCAGCGGCACUUUAGAGAAACUCCGGUCAAAAAAGAGGGUGUUUAUGGAGCCCCAGGAUGCCUCCGGAGUGGAGCGGGUGCUACGUGAGUACGCAGCUGAGAUCCAAGUCCCCACGGUCAAGGCUGCUCCAGGCAGCGGUAGGAAAGCCGGUGCGCUACUGUUCGCAGUGAUCGGCGCGAAGUUAUCGGAAGGACUGAACUUCACCGAUGACUUGGCUCGAGCUGUCGUGAUCAUUGGACUACCCUUCGCGAACCUGGCCUCGCCCGAACUGCGGGAACGCAUGCAGUAUGUGAAUAGAUUGGAGCAAAGCCGAGGUGUCAAAAGGUUGCCUGGGGUGAAGGAUGCUGCGACAGAGCUCUAUGAGAAUAUGUGUAUGAAUGCAGUCAAUCAGAGUAUUGGUCGUGCCAUCCGGCAUAAGGACGAUUGGGCGUCCCUAGUGCUAAUCGACGGUCGGUACUCUUCCCCUCGUAUCCGUAGCAAACUACCGAAGUGGAUUGGGGAGAGCCUAAUUAUUACCGAGACGUUUGGCGAAGUCAUGAAAGAAAUGGGCCGUUUCUACCGGGAAAAGAAAUCGAGAUUGUAACGAUCUUAGCACCCCAUUUUGCCUUGUUGUACCUAUCGUUGUUUACGCUCUGAUAGAGUUGUAUUGGAUUUACCUCACGCAUUCAUGUAUGAUCGAGAUUAUAAAUAUUCAAGAAAGAAAGAUUGCCGUGGUGUUUAGUAGUACA